AUGCACAUAACUAACUGCAAACUUUUCUUGUCGUCUAAAUUUUUGUUCCAGAUGAAACUUUGUGAGAAGCUGUGCUUUGUUGGAGCAAUGUCUGUUAUUCUUACUACAAUGUGUUUCGCUAUUAUCAGACCGGCACUUGUGUUAUACAGCUUCUCUUCUCUUUUCAUCCUUUUAUACCUCCUGAGAGUUUACAACUACUGGAAAAAUAAAUAUUUAUUGUUCAUGUUGGACCCAUGCUACUUUAUCAACUUUGUGUCAUUGAUCUUCAUCUGGUUAUUGCCGCACUCGCACGCCAUGCAGUUGUUCCACUUUGGUCUUGCCAAUUCUCUAGCUUUCGGUGGGGCGUUUCUGUUCCGUAACACCCUUGCUCUGCACGACAUCCAAAGACUUACUUCGUGUUUUAUACACGUCUCGCCUGCCCUUUUCUCAUUCUUAAUUCGGUGGCAUCCAUCGGAAACAUCAGUUUGGUGGUAUACCAACUUAUAUGAUUCCCAUGCUUCUCUAGAAUUGUUGUCCUGGAAUAAAAAUAUCGACUGGUUCUGGCUUGUUGCAGCUCCUACUUUAUUCCAUUUCGUACGUGAGAUGCUAUAUUAUACUAUAAUUUAUGGAAUUGUCAAACCCAGUGAUGAUUAUUUAGAUAGUUUCCGAUAUUUACAUAAAAAGAAAAUUCUAUGGCGUUUCUUCUGGAAAUAUAUUGGUGAUCGAUGGCAUUUGAUUAGUUGGAUAGCUUGCAGUAUCAUACUGUCUACAAUUCUCCUGUUAGUUGCUGUUGUUGCAUGGUGCAAUUAUCUAUUCCAUGCAUCUAUGUUAAUUAUUCAAACAUUAACGCUAAUAUGGAAUGGUGCAUGUUUUUAUUUAGAUUAUUUCCCCAUUGAAUAUACACGUAAUUUACGAAUAGAACCAGAGCAAGGUAUGAUUACUGUAACUAAAAAUGAAAAUCAUAUUGAUCAAAAUAAUGAUAGAGAAAUAGUUAAUGAACGUAUAAUAAACGAUGAUGUUUAUAACAACAUAGCUGCCAGUGUAUUUUCAUGUUAUCCAACACCAGAUGAAUCAAACUCGAGAAUUUAUGAAGAUGGGCAUAUAACAGUUGAUGAACAAAAGGGAUUGAAAUAUGAAAGUAAUACUUCUCAUUAAAAGAUAAUCAUGAUUUCUGUAUGAUAUAUAUACUCACAUGAUUAUUAGUCAUAAAAGUUUAUUCAAAUCAUUUCUUACACAAUCAAACUGCAAAGCUAAUUCAAUUUCUUAUUACAAUACUGUUUCACCGGUCUUUUUAUGCAUAAAAAGACAAUCAGGACUUUGUAACAUUACGAGCAUCAACGCUAAUGUAUUUUUAGACAGUCUCAUUUGAAUAGACAGUUAUAAUCAACAAUUCAAUAAAAUGAAUAUUUAUAACGAAUUAUCAUUUAAAAUAUAUUAACCCGGCCCUGUAUAAUUCUGUAAAUUUAUCAUCCGGUAUCAAAUCAUGUAUAGAUUUUUCAUUAUUUUAAACUGUUAAGUUAGUGAAAAACGGUAUAGUCUCGUUGAUUUCUUAUUUCAUCAUCAUCAUUUCCUUCAUUAUUUACAUUAAUUCAUUUCACUCUAUAGUUUUGAUUUUUAUUGUACGAUAAAUAUUUUUUUGAAUUUAUUUCUUAGUAAUCAUGAAUUCUGUGUACUUCAUAUGUUUGAAGCAAUUAGUUCUUUUUACAAAUUUCUAUAGAGUGACAUUUUUUUUCAGAAAAAUUUCUUUUUCUUCUCAUUGUACUUCAUGUGUAUUAAAUUUUAUUCUUAAAAAAAAAAAGAAAUCAACCGUCAAAAAGAUUGUUUUUAUUUAUUUAUUUUUAAAUAGAUGUUUCCAGUUAUUAUGAAUGUAUUGUUUACUUCAAUGUACUUCGUAAUGAAGUAGUAAUUUAUGAAUGUUCACAUUUUGUUUCUGUAUAUUGAGUUCCAUAUUUUUAAGGUAGUUGAUUAAUGCACCCUGAUAUAAGUUAUAGUUUAAUUGGACUGUACAAACCUGUAAUCAUCACGCUAUAAAUUUUCCCCUAUAGCCUAGUGUAUACAAUCUACAAUCUUAUUAUGUACGUGUUGUUCAUUUAUUUCACGUAUCAUUUAGUAAUCAAUUGGAAAAUUACACACACACACAAAAUGAAUUUUGUUUUGUUAUUUGAAUAUCCAGAAAAAGCUAGAGAAAAAAAUUCGUUUCAAUCAUCAGAUGAAUGGUCAAUACUCCUUGAUCUUUUCCUACACUUAUCAAUUAUUUAAGAUAAAUACACUAAAUUUUAUAAAUAAAUUAAUUUACAUUUGAUAUCUCUCUCUAUGAAGUAUGAUUAGACUGUAAGUUAAUUCAAAUUAAUUAAUAUAACUAAUAAAUUAUGCUGAUAUAUAUUAAUCAGUUUGACAAUUGGCAUAUUUGUAUUAUAUAUUGUCAAUUUUCAAUUUACAUUUUACAGUUACAUCUAAAUUAUUAGUCCAUUAAUCAUUAAAGGAUAAAUAAAUGUUGUUAAUGAGUUUU